AUGUCAUCCAGCGCUGCCCAAUCCUCUGUCGGCUCCCGUGCCAUCUACGAAGCCGGUGACCAGCGCAACGCUCCCCGAUCUGAGCAGCAGGCCACCCCCUACAAGGAGGGCCAGAAGGGCAGCCACAAGAACCUCGACUCCAAGGACGAGCGUUCCAUUGCCAACAAGCUUGCUUCCCAGGGUCGCAAGGACGACCCUUCUCACCACCACAACAACGAGUACGAUCAGGAGGCCGAGCUGAGCAAGCAGGAUCCUACCAAGCCCGCCAAGAUGCACGGCAAUGCCCCCUCCAAGGGUGCCCAGAUCGACGCAGAGCUCCAGGCUGAAGAUGAGGAGCGUCUGCGCCAGAAGGGCAUCAAGAAAUAA